AUGGCAUACAAGGUGGAUCAUGAAUACGAUUAUUUGUUCAAGAUUGUGUUGAUUGGAGAUUCUGGUGUUGGAAAAUCCAACAUUCUUUCCAGAUUUACACGUAAUGAAUUUUGCUUGGAGUCCAAGUCUACCAUUGGUGUUGAAUUCGCAACAAGGACUCUUCAGGUAGAAGGGAAGACAGUUAAGGCACAAAUAUGGGACACAGCUGGCCAAGAAAGGUACAGAGCUAUCACCAGUGCAUACUACAGAGGUGCAGUUGGUGCACUUUUGGUUUAUGAUAUAACCAAGAGGCAAACAUUUGAUAAUGUCCAGAGGUGGCUCCGUGAACUAAGGGACCAUGCAGACUCUAACAUUGUCAUCAUGUUGGCUGGAAACAAAUCUGACCUGAACCAUCUUAGAUCAGUCUCAGCAGAAGAUGCUCAAAUGCUGGCCGAGAAGGAAUGUCUUUCAUUUCUUGAGACUUCAGCUUUGGAAGCUUCCAAUGUUGAGAAGGCAUUUCAGACCAUUUUGUUGGAUAUCUACCAAAUUAUUAGCAAAAAGGCUCUGGCAGCACAAGAGGCAGCCAACUCAACUGGACUUCCCCAAGGGACGACCAUUAAUAUCGCAAAUCUGUCCAGUAAUAUCAACAAAAAGGCUUGUUGUUCUAACUAA